AUGGAUAGAGAACCAGAGGAGCUUCAAUUCUUAGGAUUCUUUGGGAUCUAUCAAGAAUCCUUUAAGAUAACAGUAGCAUGGAGAAAAAUCUUCUCAAGAAUCAUUCUUUCUCUUAUCCUACCUCUGUCUUUCAUUUACUUGGCUCAAAUCCAGAUAUCAGAAGCAAUUUUAUCCAAAAUCGAUGAUAGUGAAGAAGUUCAAGACACGGCUACUAGAGGAACAGCAAGGUUCGACAAAAUCCAUGCUCAUAUCAUCUCCGAAUGGGUUGCUUUCGGUAUAUUCAAAGCCGUUUAUUUGCUUUUCCUCCUCAUAUUCUCUCUUCUGUCGACUUCGGCUGUUGUCUACACGAUUGCUUGCAUCUAUUCUGCGAAAGAUCUCACAUUCAAGACGGUUAUGAGUGUGGUGCCCAAAGUAUGGAAGAGACUUAUGAUCACUUUCAUGUGGAAUUUCUUCAUCUUGGUAGUCUACAAUUUCCUGGCCAUCUUUUUAUCUUAUUCGGUCGUUGUUCUUACAAUCGGACCAGAAGGAGAAAAUGUGAAAACCACUGUGACACUUCUUAUUAUCAUACUGAUACCUUAUUUCGUCGGAUUGGUUUAUAUUAGCGUCGUAUGGCAACUUGCUAGUGUGGUCUCGGUCAUGGAAGAAAGUUAUGGUAUUAAGGCUAUGCUCAAGAGUAGGGCUUUGAUUAAGGGGAAAAUAUGGGUUUCAUCUUUCAUUUUUAUAAAGCUUCAAAUCUUGUUUAUCGGUAUCCUAAUGGCGUUUAAGGCGUUGGUUGUUCAUGGGAAUUCAUUUGGAGAUUUCUAUUUCUUUUUGACAAGGGUUUCAUUUGGAAUUUGGGGUAGAAUUUGUUUGGGGAUAUUGUUCAUCGUUUUAUUGACUCUUUUGAUUCACUUUGCACUUGUGAUUCAGACUGUCAUAUAUUUUGUCUGCAAAUCGUACCACCAUGAGAACAUCGAUAAGUCUGGCUUAGCGGAACAUUUGGAGGUCUAUUACUUGGGGGAUUAUGUUCCUUUGAUUAGGGAUAAAGAUGUUCAGUUGGAACAAUUUCAUUACGCUAUAUGGUCAAUUCUGUCAAAUGUUAUAUGGAUAAGAUGUGAUGCUAUCCGUUUAGCUGCUGGUAUAAUUUUCGAGGUUGAAGUAUCUGUUGUAACAGGGCUGGGAUGCUAA